CUCAAAUCCCCUGUCCAGGACACACACACUCACUUAAACACUUCCACACAAACAUACACAUACAGACACGUAUUCAAAGGACUCACUGACUGAGUCACCACACACUCAGAGGCACUUAAUCACUGACUCACAGACAGGAACACACAUACUCAUAGACAGACACAUACACAAGGGGAAAAAGUUGUUUGCAAGAGCCGGGACUGUGUGCUGUGUGUGCUAUGGGCCAAACUGAGCGGCAGCUGUGUGCAAGUGUUGGAUACCUCUGAAGGGUCAGCACAGCCGUAACCCUUGCCAUCUCCCGGUCCCAUCCGGUCCCUCGUCCUCCCAGCUACCGCUAAACACACCAUCAUGUGUGAGCUGAGGACCAGGAGAACUCCCUCUGCCUCAUCUCCUUUCCCACCCUUCUCCUCCCCCUUUGGGUUCCCAUCCCUUUUCCUCUCCCUCUGCCUCUCCCUUUCUUUCUGUCCGGCGUCGGUUUUGGCGCAGCAGACCGUGCCUGUCAUCUCCACGGUGCAGGGCCGCAUCCGUGGCAUCCUGACCCCACUGCCCUCAGACCUUCUUGGCCCCGUCAUCCAGUAUCUGGGAGUACCAUACGCAAGGCCUCCAACGGGGGACCGGCGAUUCCAGCCUCCUGAGCCGCCUUUACCCUGGCCAGGAAUACGAAAUGUGACACAGUUUGCACCCGUGUGCCCACAGUCGCUGGAUGAGAGGAGCAUGCUGGGAGAUAUGAUGCCGUCCUGGCUCACAGCUAACCUGGAUAUAGCGGCGACGUACCUCACUCACCAGAGCGAGGAUUGUCUCUACCUCAAUAUCUACGUGCCCACUGAGGAAGACAUCCAUGAGGAGGGGGGUCAGCGGCCAGUGAUGGUCUAUGUCCACGGUGGCUCGUACACAGAAGGCACUGGUAACAUGAUGGAUGGCAGUGUGCUGGCAAGCUACGGCAAUGUUAUUGUCAUAACCCUCAACUACCGCCUAGGAGUAUUGGGGUUUCUUAGUACCGGUGACCAGGCAGCAAAAGGGAACUACGGCUUGCUGGAUCAGAUCCAGGCUCUGCGCUGGGUGAAGGAGAACAUUGCAGCCUUCGGGGGAGACCCAAACAGGGUCACUGUGUUUGGAUCCGGGGCCGGCGCCUCCUGUGUCAGCCUCCUCACCUUGUCUCAUUACUCUGAGGACCUGUUCCAUAGAGCCAUCAUCCAGAGCGGCAGUGCUUUAGCCAGUUGGGCUGUCAACUACCAGCCCAGCAAGUAUGCCCGGCAGCUUGGUGAGAGGGUGGGCUGUGGCAUCGACGACAGCACCCAACUGGUCGCCUGCCUCCAGGGCCGGAGUUACCGGGAACUUGUGGAGCAGAACAUAACGCCGGCCAAAUAUCACACGGCUUUUGCCCCGGUGAUUGAUGGUGAUGUUAUACCAGAUGACCCCCAGAUUCUGAUGGAGCAGGGAGAAUUUCUGAACUAUGACGUGAUGCUGGGGGUUAAUCAGGGCGAAGGCGUGAAGUUUGUGGAGGGCAUUGUGGACUCAGAGGACGGUGUCACGGCUGAGGACUUUGACUUUGCUGUGUCAGACUUUGUGGAUAGUUUAUAUGGAUACCCAGAAGGCCGAGACACGCUGAGAGAGAGCAUAAGGUUCAUGUACACGGACUGGGCUGACCGCGACAAUGCCGAAACCCGACGAAAGACUCUGGUAGCGCUAUUUACAGACCACCAAUGGGUGGCACCAGCAAUUGCCACAGCUGACCUCCAUGCUCAGUAUGGAUCUCCCACCUACUUCUACUCCUUUUACCACCACUGCCAGAGUGAUGCCACUCCGCCCUGGGCUGACUCCGCCCACGGUGACGAGGUGCCCUAUGUAUUCGGUGUGCCCAUGGUGGGACCCACUGAUCUGUUCAACUGUAACUUCUCCAAGAACGAUGUGAUGCUGAGCGCAGUAGUCAUGACUUACUGGACCAACUUUGCCAAGACUGGUGAUCCAAACCAGCCGGUUCCUCAAGAUACCAAGUUUAUCCACACGAAACCUAACCGCUUUGAAGAAGUGGCCUGGUCUAAGUAUACCCCUAAAGAGCAGCUGUACCUCCACAUCGGCCUCAAGCCCCGUGUCAGAGACCACUACCGGGCCACCAAAAUCUCCUUCUGGCUCCAGCUGGUACCUCACUUACAUCACGUCAAUGAGCUCCUCCAAUCGGUGUCCUCCUUCACACACAGUCCCUCUCCACAGGAUGACACCCCUUAUUCUUACACGAAGCGCCUAUCCAAAGGUUGGCCUCCUAGCAGUACACGUCACCCAGGCUCACAAGGGGGUACCCCACAGCCCCCAGAGUCUGCUUUAGGUGAAGACAGAGAGGAAAACGGGGUCCGUGUCCCUAAUGAGGACUACUCCACUGAACUCUCUGUGACGAUUGCUGUGGGAGCGUCACUGUUGUUUCUUAACAUCCUUGCGUUCGCGGCUCUGCUUUACAAGAAAGACAAGAGGCGCCUGGAGCAUCGCAGGCCCCGUCCACUUCCUCCCCCGAGACGAGAUAUCACACCUGCAGAUGUUGCCGCCCACCUACAGGGGGAAGGACUAAUGUCUUUACAGGUGAAGCAGCUGGAGUGUGAUGCAGCAUCCGCAGACGAGAGGAACAACACUCACCACCAUCACACUCUGGAUACACUGGAUGCUCUGGACGGCUUGGACACCCAGGACAUCUACAGUACACUGGACACCGUGCGCCUAACCUGCCCGCCUGAUUACACCCUCACCUUGCGCCGCUCACCCGAUGACGUCCCCCUCAUGACGUCUCUGACCCCAGGAUCACUGCCUGUGACCCCUGGGUCACACCCUGUUACCCCGGCGACGCCAAUGACCCCCAUGACACCUGGAUCAGUGGUGGGGAUGAGGAUGGGGCACCCUCACCAGGGAUACACACACCAUAGCCCAUAUAGUAAUACGCACUUGCCACACACACACAUCUCCACGCACACACACUCCACCACGCGUGUAUAACCGCAGCAAGAUACUCGCACAUACAGGGACAUAAUUACAACACUCACUCAUACUAACACACACACACACACACACACACACACACACACA